AUGGAGCGUCCCGCCAUCGGCACCCUCUGCUUCCUGCUCGCCCUGGUCGCCCUCAGCCGGGCCCACGAGCUCGUCAACGAGGACGUGAAGCGCACCGUGGACCUCGGCAGCCACCUGGCCAAAGUGACGGCCGAGGUGAAGCUGUCCAAUCCGGGACCCGGAGCGGCUCAUUCCUUCCUGGUGGCCCUGGAGCCCGAACUGGCCCCGUACCUGGCCUUCCUGGGGGUGAAGGGAGAAGAGGAGGAGGAUGGUUACUUGGAAGUGCAGGAGCUAAAAGGGAAAAAAGGAAAACAAUAUUCAGUCGUCCUCCCGUCAUCUCUUUCCCCUGGAGCCAAGACCAAGGUCAUCGUUGAGGCUGUUUUAUACACAUGUCCUGCAUCCGUACCCCACCAUGAUCACACAGGCUGAGAAGCAGUUUGUAACCUUUGAAGGAAACCAUUACUUCUACUCCCCAUAUGCCACCACGUCCCAAACCACACGUGUUAAACUGGCCUCAAGAAAUGUCGAGAGCUACACCAAGCUGGGAAACCCAUCCCGAUCUGAUGACACCAUCGAGUAUGGUCCAUUCAAGGACAUCCCUGCCUGGAGUCAUGACCCCCUGAAGAUUCACUAUGAGAACAACAGCCCCUUCCUGACCAUUACCAGCAUGACCCGGGUUAUCGAAGUCUCUCACUGGGUAACAUUGCAGUUGAGGAGACCGUUGACUUGAAGCACACUGGAGCCAGUCUAAAAGGUCCCUUCUCCAGAUACGACUACCAGAGGCAGCCAGACAGCGGCAUUUCAUCUGUCAAAUCCUUUAAGACCAUCCUGCCCGCGGCUGCCCAGGAUGUAUACUACAGGGAUGAGAUCGGAAAUAUUUUCCACCAGCCAACCUCCUAAUUCUUGAGGACUCCGUGGAGAUGGAGAUCAGGCCCAGAUUUCCACUAUUCGGAGGCUGGAAAACACAUUACAUGGUUGGAUACAACCUGCCAAGUUAUGAAUAUCUCUACAACCUUGGUGAUCAGUAUGCUCUGAAGAUGCGCUUUAUUGACCACGUGUUUGAUGAGCAAGUUGUGGAUUCGCUGACCGUUAAGAUCAUCUUACCUGAAGGAGCAAAAAAUAUCCAUGUGGACUACCCAUUUGAUGUAAAUAGAGCCCCCAACGAGCUGCACUACACGUAUCUUGACACGUUUGGUCGUCCAGUUAUUGUGGCUUACAAGAACAAUCUGGUUGAACAGCAUAUCCAGGACGUAGUGAUCCAUUACACCUUCAACAAGAUUCUGAUGCUCCAGGAGCCUCUGCUGGUGGUGGGAGCCUUCUACAUCCUGUUCUUUACUGUCAUCCUCUACGUCAGGCUGGACUUCUCCAUCACGAAGGACCCGGCAGCAGAAGCAAAGAUGAAAGUGGCUUGUAUUACAGAGCAGAUCCUCACCUUGGUGAACAAGAGACUCGGCCUGUACCGUCACUUUGAUGAAGCCGUGAAUAAAUAUAAGCAGUUCCGAGAUAUUUCCAGUUUGAACAGUGGCAAGAAAACUUUAGAGAUGGAUCACAAGAACCUGACUAAUGAAAUUACAUCUCUGCAAGCCAAACUGAAAGCAGAAGGGUCAGACCUAUGUGACAAGGCUGCGGAGAUCCAGAAGCUUGACAGUCAAGUAAAGGAGAUUGUGCUAAAAUCGUCUUCCGAAGCCGAACGUCUGGUCGCCGGCAAACUGAAAAAGGAUAGUUACAUAGAGAACGAAAAGCAGCAUGCCAACAAGCGCCAGGAACUGGUCAACAAAAUCGACAACAUUUUAGACGCAUUGUAA